AUAAAAAAAAAUAACGAACAAAAUAGAGACUGGAGCUUUGCGAGGGAAAAAAAAAAAAGAUAAAAAUCCUGUUUCCCUUUUGCUUCUUAUGCUGGUUCGACUUCACGCUCGACUGAAUGGGCAAGUGCCAAUCUGGCUUAACCAUCUAACCCCCAUAAACCGGAGACGCAACAAGUUUUGCUUUCGAGUUUCUUUGCCAAGAGGGGCGAAAGAGUUGCAUUCAAUAGCAUCAUAACAUCGUGGCACCCCUUUUUCAUUUCGUUUGCGUCUUUUCCAACAGCAAAAAAAAAAAGAUAAAAAAUUGGCCCAUUGAAAAUUAUCUGACAGCUUCCAGCGGAUUAGAGAUUGACGGAACAAUGGGUACGCGUACAAGGAGGACACGAAUUCAAACAGGUUGAAUAACUCUGGAGGCAUGGCAAGGCAACAGGGUGGAUGCUUACAAAUCGAUUAAGAAGGGUAGUCCAACCCCUCUUUUCGUUUGUAAGAAAAGAAGUUUCCUAUUUCUAGUGAAUUUUUGUUCACAGGAAAACACGGUAUUUGUGCAGGAUCUGAUAAUGUCCUUUUCAUUCCAUCCCUAUGUUCUCCCCAUCGUUCUUCUUCCUCCCCACCUCUCCGUGCCAAAGGAUUAAAAGACGUGAAUCGAUCAGACCGGCACGGAGGGGCGGUCCUGAAUUCCGAUCGUUUUUCUCUUGAGCGCGUUCCGCGUUCAGAGACACGCACGAUGCUCGCGCGAUUGACGUUAUACUACGCUCUUUGAAAAAGAUUGGGGGAAAUCAAAUCUUUUAUUUUGCGUUUUUUUUUUUUCUGCUUCGACACCCUCCGUCCUUCCCGUCUUUGCCGUGCGUCUCCACCCUUUUUCCGCUGGUAAAUAAGAUAUAUCCUUUUGCUUCUUUUUCCAGUGCCGUCUUUUUUUAAAAUAUACAUCCAAUUCGAUUCGGAUGUGGAAACACGUUUCCCCCCCUUCAUGGCACGGAUAGAAUGGGAAAGGGGGGAGAGAAAAUAUCUAUAAAGUUGCAACACCGCCUUCAAAGAUUUAUUAUUGUACGUAGCCCGAGCCUUUUAUUAUUUUUUUUUUCUCUUCAUUUUCUUCAUUCUUCCCCUUUCCUGCUUUAUUACCAGUCCGAGAUGAUAUGACCAUCGCUGCUGUUGCUGCUUUUUUUUUUUUUGCUGUUGUUGUUGAUGCCGAACCGCCGACCGGCGGGCCACUUGUGUGGUCAACAUUCUUCACGGUCGACUGCGUGCUUGGCUUUUUAUUUUUCUUUCUUUUCUCAAAGCGAAAUCUUAAUGGUCCGUCGUACAACCAGCUACUGAUUAACGGUCGAUAUGUCAGUUUUAAUCCGAAUAGGAAGGUACCACAAACGGUACAGGUUCGAUACCACGUUAACAUUAGCUUUUGGCCGAUCAAACCGAAGAUCGAGGAACGCCGAUAUUCGAACAUCGCGGCAUAUUUACCAUUUUCUAUUCGAUGAAAUCCAGUUGCGUUCUCGUCAUUCAAUGAAAUCCACUUUCGGCGACGGUGGUGAUCUGCCGCUUCUUAUCAAGCGGUUGCGAACAAAAGAACAAGAGAAAAAUUAAAUACGGCGUUAAUGAAUCAUUUCGCUGUAUCAUUCCUCUUUUCUUUUUGUGUGUGUGUGUUUUUUGCUCAGUUCUUUGUGAAUUCAAUAUGUCAGGCAGAAGGAAAAACCACCGCUGUCGGUUCCCUUUCACCGAUGGCGUGUGCCGGGCGCACGGUCCAGGUGAUCAUCACCGUAACGGUUUCGUUGUUCAUCACAGGCUUCUAAAGAACAAACAGAUCGAACGUGAGGAUAACAUUUUUUCUUCCUCCCUCAUUUUUUUUUUUUUUUGAGGGGACUAUUUAAAUACUGGAAUCUUCACUUCCGAAUUUCAAAAAAGGCUCAGUUGAGGGUAACAAAAAAAAAAAAGAAUCCAUCAACAAAAAGGUUGUUGAAUUCAUCUCGUCUGUUGGGAAGACGUGGAAACGUGACCCUCAGUCGUUGGAGCCGACUUAUACUCGUAUACACAGUGCGCAUGCCACUGUAAUCUUUGCGUCUCUAUGUCUGUGUCGCACUCCUUUUUUCUUUACUUUCCUGAUUUCAAAAAUCAGCUGUUUCCCAAUGGCAUUAAACCUGGCACCGAAGAAACGCCCGAGAUUAAUCUAGAACAGUGUGUUGGCCAAAAAUCGAAAUCAACUGCGACAGCCGUUUGCGCAACGAUCAACGGUUGUAGUCCAAAAAGGCAACAGGUGUCUAUUUUGUUUUUGUUUUUAUUCAUGGGGGCUUGUUUCGGAUAAAACUCGUUGUGUCCGGACACCAGCAAACAAAACGGACUGCACAAGAUGUGCGCAUCGAAGAAAUUCUGAAGAGAAAACAUACAACAACUUCAGGAAGGAGACUAUUUGAAAACGAGAUUGCCGGGCGUUUUCCUGCCCUCGUAGAACCGAGUUCAUAUGAGCAUUUGAAAUAUACUCGAAUCGAGCUCAUGGGCAUGGCCGGCUGUCAAACCGUCAACCGAAAACAACAUCUGAUGGACCCCCGAAUUGAAACGAUAAGCAAUCGAAUGUUUCUUAAAUCUUGGCUUAUUUUUAAAUUUAUUGUUUGUUUUUCUGUUUAUUUAUCAUCUAUUUAUUUAUGUUUUUUUUUUGCCGCUUUUGAGCUGAUGCGGAGUUCAACCGGUGGGGGUAUGAGAAGCCACGCGCCGGAUCCACGCGCCUUUUCUCAUUGGCUCUCGCUGGCUAGUCACGUGACCCGUGCCCAGAGAAAGGAUAUACCAGUCUUUCGCUGCUCUUUCUCGUUUUACAGAAGAAAGAGGGAAAAGGACCUGCCUCUCCCUAUUUUAUUUUUUUUCUUAAGAGGGAAGAUUUUUUUUUUUUUUCUUUCUUUCUUUCUUUUUUCAAAAGGGCUAGUUUUUGCUUGAUUAAGUUGCUCCAGUCGUCUCGGAUUCGUGGUCGUGAACGGUCGCGUGUUGUCGUUCGUCGUCUGUGAAACAUAACAAGGAGUCGGGAAAGAAAAAAAGAAAAGAAAAAAGAAACCACCAUGACAGCCAAAAGCGACAAGAAUCUGAAAAGCAGUCGUAGUGAUAAGCGCCGGACCAACAAGCCGUUGAUGGAAAAGCGACGUCGAGCGCGAAUCAACCACAGCCUGUCCAUUCUUAAGAGCCUUAUCAUCAAGGACGAAGCCAACAGUUCGAACGCUACUUCACAGUCACGACUUGAGAAAGCGGAUAUUCUGGAGCUGACAGUUAUGCAUUUGCGGACGCUGGAAAAGGAGAAAGAAGAGCACUUGCAACAGCAAAAACAGCAGUCGGAACUCGCCGGAAAGGAAAGCAACAAAAUCGACAAUGACGUCAAAUCAUAUCGGCUAGGUUAUCAAGCUUGUUGUCAUGACAUUGGUCGUUUUUUGGACGGACCCUUGCAUGAAUUGACCAAAGAGCGGCUGAUGGAACAUCUCCUAGAAAAGAAGCAACAACUAUUUCAACCCAGCAACAGUGGCGAUCCUUCGGAUGCAAAUCUGGUCACUCCAACGCGUUUGUCGGAUGGACGCUUGGCCCUCAUUUUCUCCUCGACUUGUUCUUGGCUCUCGGGCGGAAUAGAUCUCCCAGCCUCUUCUUCUGCGUCUUCUUCGUCAUUCCAUUCAAAUCUCGCUCCUGCCACUCCGCCGUCUUCUCCGGAUCAACAAGUUGUUGCCCAACCGUCGCCAGACUCAGUCGGCAACGUGUGGCGGCCAUGGUUUUAAGGGUAAAAAAUUGGCCGAAGCCAUUGCAACUCCAAUCUUGAUUCUUUUUACAAAAUCCCUCUUGUACAUAAAUGCUAAUGAUCCAUUGAAAUGAGUUCGAAGCGGAUUAAACGCUGAUAUUCUUUG